UGAACGCUGAAUUAAAGUCAUGGCCUGCAGUCUGCUGAAUGUUUGAAUCCCGUUUGUUGCUUCUCCUCAGGGAAGCUCAAAACUUUCCUUGCGGCGAAACAAACAGGAAAAGCGUGGCAGCGUUACGCACCGAGGAAAAGUAUUCCCGCAAACACUCAGUAAAACGCGCUAACGGGCGUUAUUUCCUAGUCCUGACUGGAUGAAGGGGGUACAGCCCUCCUGGGCUUCCUUUCAUUCUCCUUCCAUCUCUCAGCAACCCGAUCUUUCAGCAGGAGUUUGAUGUCUGAACUCUGGGAAUCCAUCGGCACCCCGCGCGCGUUAUUGUUGCCAAGACACUUUUCUCGCGCCCUCGAGUUUCCGUAAAUGUUCAAGGAGGAAUGGUAAGUAUUCUGUUGGAAUUAUAAGCUCGGGGUCAAACGGGACAUUAGCAGAUAAAGUUGGAGGUUUUGGAUUCCGCGGCGUGGUUUAUAUGAACCGGUUCUCCGGAUCUGCGGACGAAACUCUGUGUCCAUGUGGCGCUUCUGCAUCACGCAUCAACAGACGGCUCGGUUCCAAAUCAUGUGGCUGCUCGUGUGCUCCCUCAUCGCGGCGCUGAGCGCUGAGAACUACGCCACACAGGCCCAGGUGAUGUCCUCCAAAGCGCUGAGGGCUCCUAACGCACGCAGCAAUGAGGAAACACACUAACCUGUCCAAGUUGUGACCAGUAACAGACAGCAAUCACCUCACAGACUUGUACCGGAAGGAAGAGGUCGUAAUGGUCAAGGGCGGAGGUCACGUCCAGAGCCCGCGCUUCCCCAACUCAUACCCCCGAAACCUGCUGUUGUCAUGGAAACUGCUCUCGCCGCCCCACAUGCGCAUCCUGCUGGAAUUCGAUGCUCAGUUUGGACUGGAGGAGGCAGAGAAUGGAGUCUGCAGAUAUGAUUAUGUGGAAGUGGAGGAUAUUUCUGAAAUCAGCACCAUCAUCUGGGGCCGCUGGUGCGGACAAAGAGCUCCGUCACGGAUCACAUCCAAAUCAAAUCUCAUCAAAAUCACCUUCAAAUCGGAUGAUUACUUUGUAGCAAAACCAGGAUUCAAAAUCUGGUAUUCACUGCUGGACAGCUCACCUCUCGCGUCUCUGACCAACUGGGAAGCAGUUACAGUGAUGUCAAAUUUCAGGGAGGUUUCUGGGACGGACGCGCCGCUGUCUGCGGUAGCACUGGACAACGACAUCGCCAGCGUCAGCACGGUGGAGGAGCUCCUGAAACACAUGAACCCCUUCACCUGGCAGGAAGACCUGGAGCAGCUCUACACACACACACACCACUACAGACCACGAGCUUUCCACACCGACCGUAAACACAAGCUCGAUCUCGACCGUCUCUAUGAUGACGUGAAGCAGUACAGCUGCACUCCACGCAAUUUCUCUGUGAAUCUCCGCGAGGAGCUGAAGGCCACCAAUGCCGUGUUUUUCCCACGAUGCCUCCUGGUGCAGCGCUGCGGGGGAAACUGCGGCUGUGGCACGGACAACUGGAACUCCUGCAGCUGCAGCGCCGGAAAAACCGUCAAGAAACUACACGAGGUGCUGAAGUUUUCUCCUGGUCCGAGUUUCUACAGGAAGAAAACACGAGCUCACUGGGUUCUGGAGGAGAUUCACCUGCAGCAUCAUGAGAGAUGUGACUGUGUGUGUCAGUCCAGACCACCGCGAUGAAAACACACACACUGUACGCCAUUCAGACAUAUAACUACAGGUCAUGCGUCCACCUAAACAGAAAAACACAACACACACACACACACACACACACUUCAGUUUUCUUUCCAGUGUUAGGACUCUGAUAUAAUGUAGCUUCUCUGUUGCAGUUUUAUUUUUAUGCUUUAUAUGUUGUUGUGUCCAGUAAAGUCACAUGGAACUCACCAAUGGAAUGUAAAUUAAUAUUAAUGAGGCUUUUGCUCUCUGAGACCAAUCAGAAGUCAGAGCUCCCUGAAGGGGCGGAUCCCUCACAAUCUGAUCCAAGCCAGUGUUAUUUAUUAAAAGAACUGUCUUUGUCUUUUUAUAUCUGUGAUCAUGCUG